ACAGCAAGUCUUAUAUCACGACAUUAGAUUCAUAAACCCAUCAGAAACUUGGCGUGGAUCCAUACAACAGUGCAGCUAUCCUACUCUAGCAUCCCAGAUUUUUCUGGAAAGCGGUCCAUUUACAUCUAUGUCUAUCAGUGACGUUACCUUCUUUCUACUUGCACCUUCCACCAAGACAACCAUCUCGCGUUUGAAUUAGACACCUUUUACGCAUCUGUUCACUAAUCGAUGACCACAGAUUUUGCAAACUUGCCCCCAUGUGCGAGAUUAUCUCCGGAGACAGCAGAGCGGUAUGCUAUCGCGACAGAGAAGGGAGGAUGGGAGCUAGACACGGUGGAGAUGUGGUGGAGGGAUAGACAGCCGUAUCUGGCUUCGAGAGGGUAUAUGCUCCGACCUCGGUAUCAUGCAGGUUGGAAACCUUCCUGGCUAGGGACGAACGUUGAUCCCGAGUAUUGUGAGGAUUCAAUCGAACAGCUGCUUCCACAAAUUUUAGACGCGAGAAAGGAUGAUGGCACUGUUGUCUGUCUGAAAAAACUCAAAUGUACAACCAACGAAAUCGAGAUUGCACGCUAUUUAACCUCACAAUCAAACCCACGAGAUUCUCGCAAUCACUGUGUCCCUAUACUAGACACAUUCCAUGAUCCAAUCGAACCAGAAACAACUUAUAUCGCUAUGCCUCUUCUCCGACCUUUUGACGACCCCGAGUUCGGUGCCUUUGGCGAGGUUCUUGACUUCAUAAACCAAACGCUGGAGGGAAUUGCCUUUAUGCACAGCUUAAAUGUAGCACACAGAGACUGUGCAGGUCCUAACAUCAUGAUGGACGCCCGUCCCCUAUACACUCAAGAGUGGCACCCAGUACGACGUAACUACACCACAGACGGCGUGUACGAACUUCAACCUCGUGCUAGAAUUGACUUCCCUGUGCGCUACUUCUUCGUCGAUUUUGGCCUUGCAACGCGGUUUGAGCCUGGUCAGCCGAGACGCGUCACAGGCGGCAAAGGUCGAGACCAGGAUGUGCCUGAACUCUCGAACGUCGUACCCUACGACCCGUUUAAAGUUGAUGUUUUCAUUCUCGGCCAUUUAUAUCAAACGGAUUUUCAUGAGAAAUUCCACGGUUUAGAUGCCCUGGUGCCUUUGGUACAUAGCAUGACUGCUGUCGAUCCGAGCGUUCGGCCCAGUGCACAACUUGCCUUGAACAUCUUCCAAGAAGUUCGGAAUGAAAUCGAAACUGCUACUCUUCGCCGAAGACUCGCCCGCCGUGACGAGUCGUUUCCGGAACGCGUGUUCAACGACGCAUUGGCUGCCGUUCGAGAAAGCGCAAAGUCAUUAGCCAUAGGGUGGAUGAGCCUAUGAAUUGCUUUUGAUAUACAGCUCUUGAUGCCAGGGCACAACUUAGGCCACCUGGUGGCCUGAUUACGAGCAAUGGCCCGACCUUGUGCAGUUGAGCCUGACCAUAAGUAAUGUAAUGUCAAUGUCACCGAAUUAUUCCCACUUCUACUCCAGAUCAAAGAAGUGGUAGGAGGUAGUGAUAUGUACCCUAUAUAGCUCCGUGAAGCAAGGCAGCGAACAUUGAGCUCGUCAUUCUUCCUAGUUACGUUGAUAUGAGGAUGGAGGAGAAGGAUUUAUAUGUGACAGUACAUGUUCCUACAUAAUCAGUGGUAUUUCUCGAAAGAGUUCAAUAACAGUGGUAUACAUAAUCGAUGAGAAAUAUAAUGCUAUUCCUUCUCCAUAAUAAAUAUACAUUGAAAGCAGAGCGAUAACAAC